AUGAAUGGGAAAGUUUUUGGCAAAAUAUCGGAAGGGAUAAAACCCUAUAUGUGGAAAAGUAAUUAUUACUUUUUAAACUCGUAUAAAAAUUAUACAAAUGCUUUAGCGUGUUUAUCAAAAAGAUAUUUCGCAAGUAAUACCGAUAAUAAAUUAAUUUUAAAUAAAAAAAAAGACACUUAUAAAUAUUAUGAUGAUAAAUUAAGAGAAGACAUAACCCCUGUGAACUUAGUUAAAAGUUUACCAACCCUAAAUCACUAUGUCAGCAUUCUUGAUAUGACUAAAUUUUCUAUAAAAUACAUUUUGAGUUAUCGUUUUUUUUUUAUUUAUAUGGCUAGAACGACAUUUCAGGCUGUUCGCCCACUUAUGGCUUUUUGUGUUUUUGGCGAAAUGAUGAAAUUAGUUCUUGCAACCAUGACAAGUGGUGUAUUUGCGUUUUUCUUUUCUUUUGUUUUAGCAUUUGAAGUAUUAUAUUUUUUUUUACAGUGUUAUAUUUCAUACACAUUUUUAACAAUGUUUUUUGAUGUUAUGUUUUAA